AUGAAUCAUCCAUGGAGGCAUAACAAAAGAUCUUUCAAUGGAAAAACUGAACUCAAGUCUCCACCGCAGUUGUUAGAAGGUUCAACUGUAUUUGAUAUAUUGCAAGAGGUAGAUAAUUCUUUUGGAAAGAAGCAAAAGAGAUCAAAGAAUGGCAUAUCAAAUUGGAAAAAAUGGUCAAUCUUUUUUGAUUUACCAUAUUGGAAGUCCAACAUGUUUAGACACAACCUUGAUGUCAUGCACAUAGAGAAGAAUAUAGGUUAUAGUAUAAUUGGAACUCUUUUAGAUAUUCUCGGAAAGACGAAAGAUCAUGCAGCUGCUCGUUUUGACCUUAAAGACAUGGAAAAGAAGAUUUCUGGUUACAAGGCCCAUGAUGCUCAUUUCAUGUUGCAUUACUUGUUGCAAGUACCAAUCAAGAGCAUACUUCCUGACCAUGUUGCCAUCGCUCUAGUUCGAUUAUGUUCAUUUUUUCACCGAAUAUGUCAGAAAGUAAUUAGCCUAGAUGAGGUAGUUAACUUAGAAGCAGAGAUUGCUGAGACAUUAUGCCAAUUGGAGAGGAUUUUCGCUCCUAGCCUUUUUGACAUAAUGGUGCACUUGCCUAUUCAUUUGGCAAAUAAGGUGACGUUAGGUGGUCCAGUUCAAUAUCGUUGGAUGUACCCCGUUGAACAGUAUAUGUGCACACUAAAAUCGUAUGUUCGUAAUAGAAGUCGUCCAGAAGGAUCCAUUACCGAAGGAUAUUUAGCGAAUGAGUGUAUCAAUUUUUGCACAAGAUAUUUGCAUGAAGAUGUUCAGACAAGAUUUAAUAGAAUCCCUCGGAACAACGAUGAGUGUGUUUCAGAUGAGGAUGUGCCUCGUUGGGCAAAAGGGUUGGUUAGGGGUCCAAAUCAAGUUGCAAAAAGAUUUUCAGGUUAUAUUAUCAAUGGGUAUAGGUUCCAUACAAGGCACCGUGAUGUGAGACGUAAAACUCAAAAUAGUGGUGUCACAUUAGAGGCAUUGACUCCUAGUUUUGCUAGUGUGAAAUAUAAGAACCCAAUUGAAGCAAAAGUAGCCUACUAUGGUAGAAUAGUUGAUAUGUUUGAGUUAGAUUAUUAUGGCCAAUUUAAGGUAGUCUUGUUUAAGUGUGAGUGGUAUACAGUUGCAAAAGACAACUUUGGUCUUUCAUAUGUGUAUUUCAAUAAAAAAUGCUACCAAGAAGAACCAUUUAUGCUAGCAUCUCAAGUAAACCAAUGCUUUUAUGUGAAAGACCCAUAUGUUAGGGACAAGCACUAUGUUAUGAAAACAAUUCCAAGAGAUUUAUUUAGGGUAAGUGAUGACCUUGAGUCUGAUUCCCCCAUAAUAUAUGCAAGGGAGCCAUGCGCUCCUCCCUUCACCCUUCGCCCUUCGCCCUUCACCUUCGCCUUCGUCACUCUUCGUCACUGA